AUGGUUGCUUUUAUUCACUUUUUUGUACGUACACUCGAAGCUGUUGUUUUGCAUGUUCUUUUGAAAAUUCGUUUGUUUUGGUUUAUCAAUUACAUAACCUCACAUGUUGCAAGCACUCGUUUGACAGUUCGUAAAAUAACAACAGAGAGACAUUCAGAAAACAUUGCUUGCUCUUAUUCAAGAGCAGAAAGAAAGAAAGAGUCCUUUAUUAAUAGUAAAAUAUUUCAAUUCUUAUUGCAAACGAUUAUCAUGGCUAGCCGACUGGUAAGUAUCUUCACCCGGACAUUGGCAGCAUCCCGCUUCGGACGUUCAUUUUCUCAUUCUGCAGGAUGCAUGAACCGCAUAUAUGAGCCCGACUAUCUUGAGUUGCUCAAACCGAAAUAUCCACUUUACGAGACGUUGAACCUGUCCAUCAAAGGCUACGAUUAUCCUUUGCUUGAAAGCUAUCAAAAAUUCAUCCACCAUGUAGCUGAUUCGAUGGAUCUGGAGAUAGCCGACGGGUACGCACAACCACCACAAAAACUGAACGUGCAAAAGUUUAAACCCAACUCUAGCGUUAUUGAUAGCGAGUAUAAGCUAACCGUGUACGAGCGUACGGUGCAGGUGGAAAAUGUCCAGGCGCCAUUAUUUCCACUGCUGUUGCGGACAUUGCAGGCCGCGCUUCCGGAAGGUGUCACGUUGAAGGUAUCAGAGCAUACGUGGGAACAGGAGGAGUCACGGUACGUUCCGGAUAGGGACCUUAAAGAACUUAAGCAGCAAUUGGAUGAAAUGGGUGGUGCAUCGAAGAAAAAAUAA